AUGUCAUACCGUGGAGACAGGAUUAAGAGAAUGCUUCCGAAGACAUAUCUUCGCAAACAUGUGGCCCAUGAAAUAAACGUCGUACUGACUCACUUCACAGACCUUGUGCCCAUGAUGAAAAAAUAUGUUUACAACAAUGGAACCACAAAGGACUUGAUGAGUCUGAGUGGAACCAUUCCUGUCAUUUUUAAAGACAUGAACUACAACAUCCCGGUGUGCCUGUGGAUUGAGGAAAGCUACCCCCAAACUGCUCCCAUCUGCUACGUCACACCCAUUCAUGGGAUGGUGAUCCUCAGAGGAAAGUACAUCUCCAGCGGUGGUGAAGUCACUCUGCCUUACCUGGAGGAGUGGAACACUAGCCAAUGUGACCUCGUGAGCCUACUGCAGGUGAUGAUUGCCACGUUUGGAGACUUCCCUCCUGUGUGCAUGCAGCUUCACCCAGAGCCCGAACAAAGCUCUUGUGGGCAGCAGUUCCACAGACAAGCAGAGGUGCUUUCAAACAUGGAUGAAAGUUUAUAUGUGUAUUUAGCCAGAGACGACGGUCAACCUUUCCAGCAAGAAUAUGAAACCAACUGUUAG